AUGACUCGAAUCUCACAAGCUGCAAAGAGUCAACGAAGAAGGCGCCAUAGGGAAAAAAGAGAGGAGGAAGCUGAGAAACGAAAACCGCCCAAGAAGAAUGUGAAGUGUCAUUCAAAACCAAUAGUUAUUGAUUCUGACAGCAAUGACGAUGACAUAGAAAUUCUUGAGCAAAGAAAUCACAGCAAUCUUGUUGAACAGACCUCGGCUAAUGCUAACCAGACCGCUGUCGAUGUCGAACAGACCACCACCAAUUUUGAACGGACCUCCGCCAACAUUGAACAGACCUCCGCGACCGAUGUUGAACAGACCGCCGCUAACCUGAUUGAACCAACCACCACUGAUGUCGAAGUUGAAGAAAAUGCUUUUGGUCUAGAAAUAGUGAUUGCUACUAACAGCAAAGGCAACGAAAUUUCCGCCUUUCAAGAAGCUGAAAUUGAAGCAAGAAACCAAGCCAAUGACCUCGUUCGUUGCUUCGAUCUUGCGAUGGAAAAUGAAACAUCAGACGAGGAUAGCAACACGGCAGACGAUGAAGAAGAAUCGGCUCAAUACUUCUGGCCCAUAUUCUCUGCUACUUUGGAUGAUUCCAAUCCUUCGAAUAGCAGCCGUGUCAACCACGAAUCUUCCAAUGCUGGUCUUGUCAAUCGCACAAGCUGA